GGAGAAGCAACCAGCCAAGCAGCCUGAGAAGCAGCUGCCAGCUUGUGAGGGAGGAGGUCGGUCCCCAGAGCAGGCCCCGGAGAGCUCGCUGUAGCACCGGCACAGUAACGUCCGGGUCCCAGCUGGUCCCCUAACAGCCACCCCCCCGGCUCUCUCCCUUCCCCGCUGUUCUCUCCUGAGCACCCGUCAGGGUGGGCACCGGUGACCAGGUGAUGCGGGCAGUUCUGGGGACAGAGGAGCUGUGGUUUCAGCAGCCCUGGUCCCGAGGAGCCCCGCCUAGCCCUGCCCUCAGGCCGAAGCAGCGGCCCACCCACCACGGCCCUGAGCUGGUGCGUCCCCCUGCUUUCGUCCGCGGGGGCGGGGGCUCUGGGGGGCGACCGCGGCCACCGCACGGGCCCCCAGCCUCUACGGGGCCGUGCUUCUCCGCGGGGGCGGGGCUUUCUGUGGGGGAGGGGGACUCAGCGGGGGGGUGGGGGUUGGUGGGGUGGCGGGGGUGGGCUCGCGCAGGCGGGGCGGCGGGGCGGGCCGGGCGGAUCGCUCAGCUCCGGGCUGUCAUUUGUCGUUAAAUUUAGCGGCGGGCCGGUCAGCCGGGCGGGGGCUAUAAGCGGCCGGGGCGCCCACCCUCGAAGCAGGAGUCCGAGCGAGGAGACGGCGCUGGAACCCAUGGACACGUCGUACCCCCGCGAGGACCCCCGGGCCCCGACGCCCCGCAAGGCCGACGGCACCGCCCACACGGCCCUCACGCUGGGGGCGCCGCGACCCCCACCUCGAGACCACUUGAUCUGGUCGGUGUUCAGCACCCUCUACCUGAACCCGUGCUGCCUCGGCUUCCUGGCGCUGGCCUACUCCAUCAAGGCCCGAGACCAGAAGGUGACUGGAGAUCUGGAAGCAGCCCGGCGGCUCGGCUCCAAAGCCAAGUGCUACAACAUCCUGGCCGCGGUGUGGGCUCUGGUGCCGCCUCUGCUGCUGCUGGCGCUGGUGGUGACCGGCGCCCUGCACCUGUCCCGGCUGGCCAAGGGCUCCGCCGCCUUCUUCAGCACCAAGUUCGACGACUCAGACUAUGACUGACAGGCUGGGCCCUGUCCCCCCCUGACCCAGGGACCCCAACCCCGGGGGCUCCACCCUCAUCACCCGGAACCCUGACUUGCCUAUGGGCCUGAGGCCCACCCUCCAGCCCCGGCCUGGGCACCUAACACUGACCCUGAAGAUCCUCCACGGGGACCCCAGGGCCUUACCCUCACCUCGAUGCCCCCAGGCCAGCUCCUCCCUCCCCAGUCACCAGGCUCAGCCUCAGUUUCACAAUUAAAAGCGCCUGGCUCCAGAAA